AUGCGCGACCUCCUAAACACGGAUAUUAUGGAGAUGGCAUACAUACCAAUUAGGAGGGCGCGCGCGAUCGCGCGCGCCCUCCUAAUCGUACCUAUAUCAGCGUCUAUUUCAGAGGGCGCGCGCGACCGCGCGCGUCCUCCUAAACACAGAUAUCUGGACAUGUAUGGGAUGGAGGGCGCGCGCGAUCGCGCGCGCCCUCCUACCGAGGUGUAUUUGGGCAUGCAUAUCAUGUCCCUUCCCUUUGAUCCACAGACCAUCUGUGUGCGCCAGCGCUGGCCAGUCACCAUGGACCGUCCAGCAUGGUCUGACCGGAUUCGUGUCGUCCUCGAAGCUGCUGUGCUCGUCCGGCUGAUCCACAAACACACGGAGCAAUUCGUGCAAUCGCACGUUCCCGUCGGUCCCGCAUACGUCCCGCUCACCAUCUACGAGAUCUACCAAAAAUGGCACGAGCACAUGAAGGAGUGGCUCCGCAUCAUACGCGUCCGUACAAUCACCGACCCGCAACCCCUCAACAUGCUCUAUGUACGCUCAGAGAUCGAUCGACUCGAAGCGGUCAUGAUCGCAUUGGCCAACUUCAUCACCCCCUUGUACAGGCACUGGAGCACCCCCAGAUUGCCCGAAUCAUUGCGCAUCCACACUCAUGAUCGUGAUGAAUGGACGCACAUCGCGCGGUCCACUAUCAGUCUCAUGUGCUUGGUGAGGGAGACUGUUGAUUACUGGCACAUCAAUGCAGGCAUACUCUGGCAGGAUCCACCCAUCAAGCGGAUCCUGUACAACCAUCACGCCAAACACGCCAUUGACCUCGAUACCGCCGCGCAAGAGCGCAACACACUUGUUGGCUAUUCCGGACGGUUUGUGAAUCCGAGCCCUCAGUGGUUUGUGCCCUAUGGCCACAUCAAUUACACGAACGAGUACGAAUUCUUUGAGCGCAUCUGUGCGCACAUUGCCCUUCUUCUCCAAGAGCGGCAAUUGCGCAUAGAUCGUGAGAUUGAAUUCGAUGAAGAAAUCCAUGUUUGGGUCGACCGCUGGCUCGGUCAUCUUCGCGCACUACUACUCAUGAUUCACGAGAAACUCGAUAUCCGCUGUGAGCGCCGACCACCCAUCUGGCUCGAAAUCGAUCUCCCAAGGGAUAGAGCGAUUCCGGACGCACCAUACACGCUCCCCAUCGGGCAACUCACAUCGCUGUUUGCGCACCCCGAGGAGAUUGAUUUUUGGGACAAGCAGUCCGGAUCGCAGAAGCCCGUCGCAAUGCCCGAACCACCUGAGCUUGUGCGCGACAACAUUGCUCAACGGGUAUGGCGUGCGCGCCAGGCCCUUCACUGCCAGCACGUAUAUCUCCGUCUACAGUCGGAGCGUGCCACAUUGCACGGGGUCAAUGACCGUACAUACCGCGGAGGUGGGCCGUCACCUGAGGACGUCUCGAAAAGCGUCGACAUUAUCUCGAGACGCCUCGCGUGGUUCAAUGCGCAGGUCGAAUUCUAUCAGCAGUGGUAA